GUGCAGUUAGAAAAUCUACCAUCACUGGUCCUGAGUGUUUGGACAGAUGAUCCCAACAGCCAGGUUGAGGCAACCACCCAAUUCCGAAAAUUGCUUUCUAUAGAGCGCAGUCCGCCAAUUCAGGAGGUGAUUGAAGCAGGUGUUGUUCCCCGCAUUGUUGAAUUUUUUAUGAGGGAGGAAUUCCCGCAACUUCAGUUUGAGGCAGCUUGGGCUCUGACUUAUAUUGCUUCUGGCACAUCUGAACACACUAAGGUAGUAAUUGAUCAUGGAGCAGUCCCAAUAUUUGUGAAGCUUCUUGCUUCUUCUAGUGAUGAUGUUCGUGAACAGGUUGUAUGGGCUUUGGGAAAUGUGGCGGAUUAUUCUCCAAAAUGUCGUGACUUUGUGCUUGGUCAUGGAGCCUUGGGUCCUUUGCUUGCUCAGUUGAAUGAACAUGCCAAAUUAUCUGUGCUCAGAAAUGCUACUUCGACACUGUCUAACUUCUGCAGAGGCAAUCCACAGCCUGCGUUUGAACAGACGAGGCCUGCACUACCAGUUCUCAAGCAACUUAUUCACUCGAGUGACGAAGAAGUUGUGACCGAUGCUUGUUGGGCACUUGCAUAUCUUUCUGAUGGAACCAAUGAUAAAAUUGAAGCUGUGAUUGACUCUGGAGUAUGCCCCCGCUUAGUCGAGUUGUUGCUUCAUCCAUCGCCAUCCAUUCUUCUUCCUGCCCUUCGGACUGUUGGAAAUAUUGUCACUGGAGAUGAUAUACAAACUCAGUAUACCAUCAGCAAUAAUGCACUGCCCCGUCUCUUGAACCUCUUGAGUGAAGCUCAUGAGAAGAGCAUUGAAAAUGAAGCCUGCUGCACUAUUUCCAAUAUCACAGCUGGAAACAGCGAUCAAAUUCAGGUUAAUUGGAGAAUACUUAAAAAAAAUACUUGGUUU